UAUCGACAUGGUGGCGUUAACGUGUUACCACAACUAACCCACUCGGUGCUAUUUAGACAGAGAUAAAAAGGACAGGGUGUGGGUGAGAAAACUCAGUCUGAGAGGGGUAAAGGCGUAAAAGUAAAAUCUGCUUCUCUCUACGGGCACUGCAGCGCCAGAAGGAGCAGCGGCGGCGGCGGCGGCGGCGGCGGCAGCGGUAGCGGAAAGGAAACCUCCACUUUCAAACGCAAACGCUAGAUUCCGAUUCCCCUUUCGGUAAAAUAUGUUCUUGUAACCGACAAUUCUUUGGCGACUUUGAUGGAAACUCACCAAGAGGUCAAGGUUUCAAACGGGUGGACCGUUUCUUGAUCUGGUGGCUGCCAUCCAAUACAUGCUAUGGGGCGGGUUAGGGUAGCAUGGGGUAUAGGACAAGGUUUAAAUUGCAAAUGGCCAAAGUUAGCAAAGAGAGAAAGUCUGAUUCUCGUCAUAAAAGGGUGAAUCCUUAUCUAUUGCCAUCUUGUCCUAAGAAGGCUUGCAAAGGCUCCCAAAAGAAAAAAUGUUCCAAAGCUUCAGAGAAGAAAGAUUGGGAAGGUGCAAAAUGUUCUGUUUGUCUGGAGUUCCCGCACAAUGCUGUUCUUCUUCUUUGUUCCUCGUAUGAUAAGGGUUGCCGCCCUUACAUGUGUGCUACUAGCCGGCGCUUUUCCAAUUGCCUUGAACAAUACAAGAAGGCCUAUACUAAAGUAACUUCAGGUGACAGUAGUUCGGUGGAUAACUCAAGUCUUAUUUCAGGUGUGGGGCAGCAAACUGAAAAGAUGGAAGUACCAGAGCUUCUAUGCCCUCUCUGUCGGGGACAAGUGAAGGGUUGGACAGUGGUAGAACCUGCACGGAAAUAUCUCAAUCGGAAAAAAAGAUCCUGCAUGCAAGAUAAGUGCCCGUUUGUUGGAACUUACAAAGAGCUCAAGAAACAUGUAAGGGCAAAGCACCCAUUGGCACGACCUCGAGCAGUGGACCCUGUACUUGAAGAAAAAUGGAAAAAGCUUGAAAAUGAGAGAGCGAGAAAUGAUGUAAUCAGUACAAUAAUGUCAUCAACGCCAGGGGCAGUGGUGUUAGGUGAUUAUGUGAUUGAGCCUGGCUAUCGUGGUAUCUACAGAGAUGAAUAUGCUUCAGAUGACUCUUUUGACGAUGGUUUCAUUCACCUAGAUUCAUCUGUUCGCUUGCAUAGAAGAUUCAUGGAUUAUGACCUAUUUGAGGAGGAUGAUAUUGGGAUGCGCCGUGCUUUUCGUGCUGUUUCCCCUGUAGGUCGAACUAGGCCUUCUCGCUUGUUGGGGUCAGUGGGACUAAGGCGAAUCCCCAGGGUCCGAGGACGUGAUGGAAGACGAUAACUUGUGUGUUUACCUCUUAAAGGACUGGACGUUAACAUAUCUGCAAUUCAGAAUAUAUGGAUCUAUUUACGUCACGUGGUGAAAUUUAUACCUUGAUGUGAUGUAACAUAGAUAGCAGGUAAAUGAACAGAUUGUAGGAGAGUCAGUCAUUGCUAAUUAGGUGGUUUAGUCCUCGUAGGUAUAUGUAUCCGACUAUCAUCCGGUCAUGCAUAGCGGUCAUUUGACAGUCACAGCAGCAUAAAAAUAAAUCAUUCUUUCUGUACUCUUGUUCUAGAGGUUGGCAACAUUUCUUGUUGUUGCACUUGAUGGUCCUUUGUACGCCACGAUAUUUUUUCUGUUGGAGGAGAAUUAAAUAAUUCAUUUGAGAUCAGCCUUCGAGCUCAGUGAAACUCCCUCUGUCGAUCCAUGAUUUGAGGCUUGCUUAUUUAUUUGUAUGUUAUCCCAUUUCGCAUUUUCGCUCAUUAAUUUGACUAAUAAAAUCACGUCAUUUCAACUGCA